AUGCGGCGCUGUGCGAUUGUGUUGCGGCGGCGUGAGUUGGCGGAUGUCUGGACGGAGCGGUUUGCCCAGCGGCACAACAUCAGCCCAGAGGACUUCAUGACGGGGCCGGAUCAUGGGGAGGGUGAGGUGCUCAGGUGGCGUGAGGCCCGGCCCCACGCGAAAGCAGGCACCGGCACCGGCAUCGACGAGGACGAUCUUACCACGGGAGCAGCAGAGGAGGAGGAAAAGCGAGGCGGAGCAAAGCGAAGGUCGCAGCGGAACAGGGAACUAUCGCCUCUACGUCAGUUUCGCCGCGACGUCUACAUGGAUCAUCCCAUGAUGCAGCGGGCGUUCAAGCGGGGCGUUGAGGGCCCAGGACCAAGAUACACCGGAGACUAG